UCGACUCAAUCGUUGCCAAGUUGAGCCAAGAUGGCAGAAGGGAAGCGAGGCGGAGACGCAGCGGACGAAUCCUGAGGCCCAACCCGAGGAGGAGCCCUCUAACGCCGCCCCGACUGCUUCACCUGCUUUCUCGCGGCGGAAGUAGCCUGCUAGCUCGCUCGUUAGCCUGCUAGCUUGAGCCGAGCUUGCGCGCGCGUGGAAGACGAGCACUCCGCGGCCACUUCGGAGGUCGGCUCAGCCUCGGCGGCACUUUGUCCGGCUUUUUCUGCCUUUUUUGCUGUCUGAACUGCGGCAACUCGUUUGUCCAUCCCCCGCCCGGGUUUGCGGGGCGAGCCAGAUGUGUCAAAGCAGCUAAGCAGCCGCCUGCUUGUGUCCCCGCCAAGGUGGACGCUAUCGCCCGCACGACCUGAGCCGCGUCCUGGGGGAGGGAGGGAGGGAGGGGGGCGUGUGGUCCUCACCGGAGGCUCCAUGCGGGGGGAGAGAAGAUAGGAAGAAGACACCGCUGAAAGUGUUCGACUUGUUUUGGGGGUCUAAAAGGAGAAAAGAUGAAGAAGUUCUCCCGGAUGCCAAAAAGUGAGAGUGCGGGACUCGGCGGCUCUGGCGGCUGCGGCCUCAGCAGCUACUUGGGGAAAGUGUUCGCCGUGGGCCGCUAUCAAGUGACCGUGGAGGAGCUGCUAGCUGAGGGAGGCUUCUCCGUGGUCUUCCUGGCUCGUACGCACAGCGGCGUCCGCUGCGCCCUCAAGAGGAUGUACGUCAACAACGUCCCCGACCUCAACGUCCACAAGCGGGAGAUCACCAUCAUGAAGGAGCUGUCAGGCCAUAAGAACAUUGUGGGCUACCUGGACUCUGCCGUCAACACUGUGUCGGACAGUGUGUGGGAGGUCCUCAUCCUCAUGGAGUAUUGUAAAGCGGGCCAGGUGGUGAAGCAGAUGAACCAGCGGCUGAACGUGGGCUUCAGCGAGGCCGAAGUCUUACACAUCUUCUGUGACACGUGCGAGGCGGUGGCGCGGCUGCACCAGUGCAAGACCCCCAUCAUCCACCGAGACCUCAAGGUGGAGAACAUCCUCCUGAACGACCAGGGCAGUUACGUGCUAUGCGACUUUGGCAGCGCCACACACAAGGUUCUGCAGCCGCAUAAAGAUGGCGUGAGCGCUGUGGAGGACGAGAUAAAAAAGUACACCACGCUGUCCUACCGAGCACCAGAGAUGAUCAACUUGUACGCAGGGAAAGCCAUCACCACUAAGGCUGACAUAUGGGCGCUGGGAUGCUUGUUGUACAAGCUGUGUUUCUUCACGCUUCCGUUCGGGGAGAGUCAGGUGGCCAUCUGCGACGGCACCUUCAUCGUGCCGGACAACUCCAAGUUUUCCCUCAAGCUGCACUGCUUAAUCCGAUACAUGCUGGAGCCGGAGCAGGAGAAGAGACCCGACAUUUACCAAGUGUCCUACUUUGCCUUCCAGUUCGCUGCAAGGGACUGUCCUGUGCCAAACAUCUUUAGCUCCACCAUACCCACCUCGCUGCCCCAGCCCCUCACCGCCAGCCAGGUGGCGGCCAAGAAGAGCACCACCAAAGCAAGGAUACGAGACUCUGUGGGGCCCACAGAAACUUCCAUCGCCCCCAGACAAAGACCCAAGGCGGCCAGCAGCAAUGUCCUGCCGCUAGCCAGCGUCACACCUGUCACUGUGUCACCUGUUACCGUGUCUGCACCUCUCAGCAAUGGUCAGAAAGCUCCCACGCCGGUGUCAGGACAGCCUUCCAUGCCGCAGCAUCGGGUCCUGCAGCAGCUGCAGCCGGGUGACCUGCGCCUGCAGCAGCUGCACCAACACGCCAACGCACAUCAACUCCAAUACCUCCAGUACCAACAGGCUGUGCAACAGUCCAUCCAUCUGCAACAACAGCAGCAGCAGCAGGCUUUUCUUUUUCAGCAGCAGCAGCAGCAGCAGCAGCAGCAGCAGCAGGGUCUUCAUCAUCAGCAUCAUCAGCAUCAGCAUCAGCAGGUGGUUCUUCAGCAGCAGCAGAUGAUGCAAGCCAUGUGUCAGCAGCCGGCUGCUCAGGUCCAGUACGCCGCCAUGCUGCAUCAGUACCAGCAGACCUUCCUCCAGCAGCAAGUCCCCAUGUCCUCCUCCUUGGACCUGCAGCUGUCUGUGGGCCAGGUGGGGGCGCCCUCACCCUCACCCUCCUACACCCAUUCCACUCAUGAAAGGUCCUCGUCCUCGCUCCCCCCCGACAUGUCUUGCUGGAACCCCUUCGGAGAGGACAACUUCUCCCGACUGACCGAGGAGGAGCUGAUCGACCGGGAGUUUGACCUGCUGCGAGCAAAGAAGCCCGAGGACCCGGAGCCCCCCCAGUCCUCCAGACCCCUGCUGGCUGAAGACCUCUUUGGCUCGCCGCCGUUCCUGUCCAACGCAGGUCCUGGCGUUGAGAAUCAGCUGGUGGACAGGAAGAAGAACUUUAAGGCGGGCGAAGAUUCUGAGAGUGACUUUGAGUCGGACCCUCCUUCGCCUAAAAGCAGCGAGGAGGAGGAGGAGCCAGAAGAGGAGGAGGAGCCAGAAGAAGAGGAGGAGACAGAGCCUGAGACCUUGGGCCAACGCCCACUGCUGAUGGAGUCUGAGGACGAGGAAGACGAAGAGAAUUGUGAGCGCAAAGUCCAGAAGGUGUCCAAGAAGGACGCGGGUGUCAAGCGAAGUCGCCCAGGUGGCUUCCAUCAGGAGUUGCUCAGCGCUAGGAAAGCUGCGUCCUCCGUGGACGUUUUUGGAGCGGUUCCCUUCCUGGGUGUGUCCAAGAAGGCAGACAUCUUCGCCCGACAAGCGGACGACUUGGACGUCUUCAUCAAGGCUCCGUUCAGUCGCAACUUGUCCAAGUCCAGCAGGAGUGGGACGGACAACGCCACGGGACAAACCCCGCCCACUUCCCCGGAGAGCAUUGACAUCUUUGGCUUCUCUCCCUUCGAGCCGGGCCCCGCCCCUCCGCCCCCGACCACGUCCCGCAGCGCCGAGGACAUCUUCCGGCCGUCCUUCCAGGACUCUCCUGGUCCUCAGCAGCAGCGUCUGAAGCAGCGCAGCCUCCAGAAGCUGUCGUCCCGCCACAGGAAGACCAAAGAAGAGGCGCCUGGCGGCGGGGGGAAUGGCAAGCGCCACCACGGCACGCCCACCGGGGGGCGCAAGACGGGCAAGGCCGCGUUCCGCACGCCAGAGAGAGUCCGCAGACACAAAAAGGUGGGCCGGCGAGACUCUCAGAGCAGCAACGAGUUCCUCAGCACCUGCGACUCCAAGGAGAACAUCAGCGUGGACGUGACCAUCGCUGAAGGGAAGGACGACCAGCUCUUGGACCCCUUUGGAGCAAAACCCUUCAGUCCUCAGGACGCCAACUUGUCCUGGGAAUGCAAAGCAAUGGACGACUUCGGUGCCGUGCCUUUCUCAGACACGGCCGUCCCCGACGGACCUCAGAAGCAGGCGGCGCCGCACGGGGAGCUUGACCCCUUUGGCGCCGCCCCUUUUCCCUCCAAGCAGUGACUUCCUGUCAUUGUUCUUGUCCAGGAUCAAGGACUUCAAACUCUAGCUCUUUUUAUGCUGCAACUUGACAAGAUGUCAUUUUAAACAACAAUUUUAUUUAGCACCGCAAAGCCUUAUGGGAGCGCCUUGGCCUCGCUAACCACUUUUUAUUUGGACUUUUCAUGUUAAAUGUCAUCUUUCUUCUUCUUCCUCACAAGUUUGAGCUGUGAAAGUCACUCCACGUCUUUUUAAAACAAGUUCUGGUGGCGCCGCUAGCAAGGCGAGUUCUGUUGGCGUCGCUAGCAAGUUGUUGGCGCCGUUUGCACGUUCUGUUAGCGUUGAUAGCAAGUUCUCUAAGCGUCGCUAUUACGUUCAUUUAACAAUUUCUGUUAGCCUUGCUAGCGCGUUCUGUUAACAAGUUCUGUUAGCGUCACUAGUGAGUUCUGUUAACAUCGCUAGCAAGUUCUGUUUAUGUUGCUAACACAUUCUGUUAUCGUUGCUAGCACGUACUGUUCACGUCGCUUUCACGUUCUGUUAACAAUUUCUGUUAGCCUUGCUAUCGCGUUGUGUUAACAAGUUCUGUUAGCGUCACUAGCAAGUUCUGUUUACUUUGCUAACAAGUUCUGUUAGCGUUGCCAGCGAGUUGGCAGCAUUGCUAGCACCUUAUCCUCACAAGUGCUCUGAUGGUGAAGACUGUGUAUUUUUUAAAGGGUGACUUGAAAUACAUUAUUUGACAAUU